AUGAAGUCAUCUAUUAUUCUGAUGGCUGCUGCCGUCCAGCAGGCUCUGACAGCCGCAAUCGCAAUUGCCGAACCCGGAAAACUGGUAGAACGCGCCAACUGGUAUGAUACCUGUUACUCUGCCAGUUUGCUCUCCGGUACUACGAUCCUGCAGGCGUAUUGCUACAACGCCGCUGGGAGUCCUCACUACACCCAGCUUGAACUCAACAAUUGUUUCAAUAACAAUAACGGACAAAUAUAUGUCAGUAAUCAAGUACUAAACCCUUCAAGCACGUCUAAAGGAAUGAAUAGUUCGGCGGUUCUGGCUUCGGAUUUAGCUGCAGCGAUUGCCAAAUGCAGCCUCAGUUCCAAUGGUGGUUGA